UUCUCGCGUAUUAAAUUGGAACAGGAAGGGGUUAUUCGUGCUGGAAAAUGCAAAGGAAAUUAUGCUGAGAAAGGGUAAAAAUCGAUAUAUCGAGGAGGUGCAUGUCUUUGCAUUUCCAAUGAGUCAGUGAAUGAGUGCAAAGUUGGAAAAUCCCCCACUUUCUCAGAUGCUUUGAUGACGUUUCAAUGGCGCAACUGGUUUUGCGGCUAAUUUAUGUUGUAUUGGUUCGGUUGGCACGGAGAUUCUUUAAGUCGCGGAACUCAGUCGCGAUCUCAUACUGGUCCCCAGCGUCACCGUGAACGCUGAGCUCUGUAGUUGAAUCUCAAGACAAAGCAAAGUUGUUACAUUUUAUUUUUUUGGUAAAGAAUCUCAUUAAAGCGUUGCUCAGAAAGUGAAGGAAAUUUUUGGCAAUUUUUUUUUGAAGUUUUGCUGAAGAAGGAAUUUCAGUGAAAAUUCUAAGAAAUUGAAAAGGAAGAGUGCAAGAAAUUCUAUUGAAAAAUUCAAUAACUUCGUCUCCAUAGUGAAGCGUGACUUCGGCGAAUUGCAUUUAAAGUUUGCCCUAAUUGCUGAUUUUUAUCCCUAAAAAUUAAGUUUCUUUGCAGCCGCAGUGAGUCAGUGAGUUUGAGAAUUUUGGAAAGUCACACAAGAUGUCAACACCAAAUCCCCAUGUAACAAUAAACCUGCCAACGAUUGGAGAAAAUCGAGAAAAUACAAGAGAUAUUUUCCUGGAAGAAAGUGAACCCCCUCGAGGCAGAAGAUCACGAAGAAGCUCCGAAGAUAGUGCCUACAGGAGAUCAUCACGAUCAAUCUCUCCACGAUCGGCAAGUAGAUCACCGAGAAGACCACGGAGGAGUGUAGAUGCAGCUAUUAAUGAUGCUGCACCCCUUUUGGAAACGGACCUACCACCUAGACUCCCACCUAUUGCAGGGCCAGAAAUCGAUGAAAAUGAUAGUCCAGACGAUGAUAUACCAUUAACUUCCGCAGCACAUCCAGGAGUGGAUGAUGGAUUUUUCCCAGGUUCGGGAGUGAAGCCCCGAGUUGGUGAAGAUGAAAAUGAUGCUGAAGGAAAACAAAUCCCACCAAAUGGACUUUAUCCACGUCGGGGAAGUGUUCCAGCCAAUUUUCCAUAUGCGCCUGAAUUUGGACCAGGCAUUAUUAACGUCCCAGAGACUACACCUAGAAUUAUCCCAGAUGUAAAUGUUUAUCAGCAUAAGAAAACUCUAGCUCAGGGGAUGAUGGACCUAGCUCUUCUAUCAGCUAAUGCAAAUCAACUUCGCUACGUCCUGGAGUCCUACACUCGACAUCCCUACUACUAUUUCAGUGUUACUUUCAUCUCAAUGAGCCUUAUCUUUCAAGUAGCUGUUGGGAUUGGACUUCUCCUAAAUAGUCGAUACAAUGUUAAAAAUGAAGAUGAUAUGUGCAAAGCAGCUCGCAUUAAUAACCUCACAGUUAUUGGUAUCUUCCUCAUUACCAUAGUUAAUGUGUUCAUAUCGGCAUUUGGAGUAGCAGAUCCACCUCCUACAAUGCAAAACUGAUCCAAAAGUAAAAAAUAAAUAAGAAUUUAACUUUAAGCCAGAAGAAAUGAUUUCUUGUAAAGAAUCUCAGAAAUUCCAUUAAAAUCUCAAUGUAAAACUCGAAAGUGCAUUUCGGUGUGUGGCCAAAGGCAGGUUUAUUUCUGUUUGAGCCGCCGAAUAUGAUAAGGAGACAGAGAUACCGACUUGCGAGCUAGUUUGCGAGAAGAUAAUAAAAUACUUAGGAGGUAAUUUGAAUUGGCUAAUGCUCGCGUUUCCAACUUAAUUCGUGAUAUCGUGAUAUUAAAAAAAAAUUGACUAAAAUUUUUCAAAAUUAAAAUUUAUUGCUUACUGCUUAUCAAUUUACAUUACCUAUAUAGUUUUUAAUCACAUAAAGCUUUAACUUAUGUAAAAGCUCUCUCAUAGUUUAGUCAAAUAUAAUAACAGAAUUGAAAGAAAAAUCAUUUAUUGUUUUUUCAUUAAAAAAUAUUUAUAUUUUUCUUUUGUAUUUUAUUUGUCAAAAAUAACAAAAAUGAAUAUAAAAUAUCAUUAUACAUAUCAAAA